AUGCAGGCGCGCUACUCCGUGUCCAGCCCCAACUCCCUGGGAGUGGUGCCCUACCUCGGCGGCGAGCAGAGUUACUACCGCGCGGCGGCGGCGGCGGCGGCCGGGGGCGGCUACUCGGCCAUGCCGGCGCCCAUGAGCGUGUACUCGCACCCGGCGCACGCCGAGCAGUACCCGGGUGGCAUGGCCCGCGCCUACGGGCCCUACACGCCGCAGCCUCAGCCCAAGGACAUGGUGAAGCCGCCCUACAGCUACAUCGCGCUCAUCACCAUGGCCAUCCAGAACGCCCCGGACAAGAAGAUCACCUUGAACGGCAUCUACCAGUUCAUCAUGGACCGCUUUCCCUUCUACCGGGACAACAAGCAGGGCUGGCAGAACAGCAUCCGCCACAACCUCUCGCUCAACGAGUGCUUCGUCAAGGUGCCCCGCGACGACAAGAAGCCGGGCAAGGGGAGCUACUGGACGCUGGAUCCGGACUCCUAUAACAUGUUCGAGAACGGCAGCUUCCUGCGGCGGCGGCGGCGCUUCAAGAAGAAGGACGCGGUGAAGGACAAGGAGGAGAAGGACCGGCUGCACCUCAAGGAGCCGCCGCCGCCGCCCGGACGCCAGCCCGCUCCCGCCCCGCCGGAACAGGCCGAGGGCACCGGGCCCGGGCCGCAGCCGCCACCCGUGCGCAUCCAGGACAUCAAGACGGAGAACGGUACGUGCCCCUCGCCGCCCCAGCCCUUGUCCCCGGCCGCCGCCGCCGCCGCCGUGCCCAAAAUCGAGAGCCCCGACAGCAGCAGCAGCAGCCUGUCGAGCGGGAGCAGCCCCCGCGGCGGCCUGUCGGCGGCGUCGGCGCGGCCGCUGAGCCUGGACGCCGCGGAGCCCGCGCCCCCGCCGCCGCCCGCGCCGCACCACGGCCAGGGCUUCAGCGUGGACAACAUCAUGACCUCGCUGCGGGGGUCGCCGCAGGGCGCGGCCGGCGAGCUGGGCUCGGGCCUCCUGGCCUCGGCCGUGGCGUCGUCGCGCGCGGGCAUCGCGCCCCCGCUGCCCCUGGGCGCCUACUCCCCGGGCCAGAGCACCCUCUACAGCUCCCCCUGCAGCCAGAGCUCCGGCGCGGGUGGCUCCGGCGCGGGCGGCGGCGGGGGCGGCGGCGGCGGCUCGGGGGGCGCGGGCGGCGCAGGAACCUACCACUGCAACCUGCAGGCCAUGAGCCUGUACGCGGCCGGAGAGCGCGGCGGCCACUUGCAGGGCGCUCCGGGGGGCGCGGGCGGCUCGGCCGUGGACGACCCCCUGCCCGACUACUCGCUGCCCCCGGUCACCAGCAGCAGCUCGUCGUCCCUGAGUCACGGCGGGGGCGGCCAGGAGGCCGGCCACCACCCUGCGGCCCACCAAGGGCGGCUCACCUCGUGGUACCUGAACCAGGCAGGUGGAGACCUGGGCCACUUGGCGAGCGCGGCGGCGGCGGCGGCCGCCGCGGGCUACCCUGGCCAGCAGCAGAACUUCCACUCGGUGCGCGAGAUGUUCGAGUCGCAGCGGAUCGGCUUGAACAACUCUCCCGUGAAUGGGAAUAGUAGCUGUCAGAUGGCCUUCCCAGCAAGCCAGUCGCUGUACCGCACGUCCGGGGCUUUCGUCUAUGACUGUAGCAAGUUCUGACUUCUCCAGCUCCUCACCCCCCCUCACCUCAAAGCCAAACUGAACGGUAUCCCAACGCAGGAACAGCUGAAGGGACCCAGCAAUGCAAAAUCGAAACUAAAAACACCUAAUUUUUAAAAACUUGAGAAAAUUCAGUACACCAGCGAACAGAAUUCCUCCCCAAAUUCAACUCACCAGCACCACCGUCUCAAAGAAAAUCUAUUUUCUUAAAAGGUAUAUGCAGAGCCUCUUCUACUUUGCCUUAUCUAAGUAACCCAAACCGUAAACUAUUUUGUACAGAGACAGCAAAAUCAUGGUUUAUUAAUGGACAGUGUUACUCCAGAUAACACGUAAGUUCCUUCUCGCUUUCAGACAUAGCUCUCUCCAGCUCCUUCCUCCCGCUUCCCAGCUUCUGCCCUGCCUUUUACCUGUAAGAUAGUGCUUCUUCCUAUGUUGAAAGGAGGGGGAAAGUCCCCUUUUAUGAAAAUCGCUUUCUUUUUAUUCAUGGACUUGUUUUAAAAUGUAAAUUGCAACAUAGUAAUUUAUUUUUAAUUUGUAGUUGGAUGUUGUGGACCAAACGCCAGAAAGUGUUCCAGAAGCUGGAGUUCAUUGUCUGAGAAUUUAAGUGCUUACCCUAUAGUGAUAAAAGGAGAACUGUAUUAAUCUUAUUCUAGCAUCCUUUCCUUUUUGUUGAACAUAUUCAUUGUUUAUUAAUAAAUUGUCAUUCAGUUUGAAUGAGACCUAUAUGCCUGGAUAUUUUAAUACAGCUUUAAUAUAAAGAAGACAUUUCAGAGCAAAAAUACUAGGAGUUGCAUAUUCGCUAACUCUCUGAAAUAUGGAAAAAAUCCUCUUUUACUCCAUGUCAAAUUUCUCUAAAAUUUUUGUUUUUUAGUUUCUCUCUCCCCCUUCCCAGCAUCUUCUGUGAAAUGUAUUAUGUAGUCAACUUGCUUUGUGACUAGUAAAAAAAAAAAAAAAAAAAAAAAAAAAAAUUU